GCAAUAUCAGUUGCUUUUAACAUGAAUAAAGGAAUUUUAAUUCUCGCUUGCCUUGUGGUACUGAUAGCCUACACAGAGGCCACUAGUCCUGCUCGUUGUAGGCCUGUAUGCCGUAAAAAUGUACCCAGUGUAAUAAGAUGUGUAAGAGAUGGUAAAGUUUGUCGUAAAAUUCGUCAGUGUACUCUGCGAGAAGAAAACUGCAGACGUAGUUUAUUGAAUCGUCCACGUUUAACUAGCACCCGUCGUUCUUUAUGCCGCAAUAUUAAGAGUCCUUUGGGUAGUGGUCCUUGCGCCCUUCGACGCAGACCACGAGCCACUCGUCCUGAAUGUAAUAGAAUUCGUUGCACUAUACCCAGCAAGAGGUUAGACUGUUAUCGCAGUAGAAGGAAUAAUUGUCGCCUAUUAACAUCUUGCCAAUUGGCUCGGGCCAAUUGUCGUCGUGGUCGGGGUAAUGCUUUGAGAAGAACUGAUUCACGUGCCUGUGCUGGCUUGAAGCGUGGCGGUAGAUAUCAAAAAUGUCGGCCUAUUCCCAAAAGUGGUUAGUUUGAAAAUGAUUUUUAUAAUGAUGAACUAUUAUUAUCCGUUUUAGACUUUUCUUUAAUGUCAUUGAAAAUAAAGUUGUUACGAUAAAAGAAAAUUAUUUAAUAC